GCUGUGGAGGGGAUCUGUUGCAAAACACUGCUUCGACGCCUGUCCCCUGUACAUGAAAAAACGGCACCAUGUUUCCGAUGCCUGUGUCGCGAAAAGCUUCCUCGCGUACCGAAUUGUAACGAUGCUGGAUGGCAGCCUCACUCCGAGUACGCGGAUCCUAGCGUUUACGUACGGCUGGCAUUACCAGCAUCAUUACGGGGAAACGAGCAGCUUCUGGAAUAAUUUACGCGAUAGCCAGCAAAUACUGAAGGUAAAGGGCAUCUGCCUGCCGUAGAUUAUCAUCAAGAACUGCGGGGAUAUCGCGGAUAGGUGGACAAACUGCUUCAUGGGCAUCACGCGGCAUCACCAGACCGGAGAGUAUGAAUGCCAGCAGCUGUCGCCGUUCCUGUCGCAAUGUGAGCAGGUGCUGUUCAUCAACUACACUGCUUCAGUUCGGUCAGGUAAUCGAGACCUGCUUCGCGCCCUCUGUAACAGUCGUAAUGACAGCCAAGAUUGGUUGGAAGGCGGCCAUCUGGUGGAGCGGCCGUCUCAAGGGGCGCAUUUGGACGUGAUUAUCCCGUUUCUGCGCUUCGAUCGCGCGGAGUCGCCAGCCGAGCAAUCCCGCCGUUUCAUCGCCGCCGUCAACAACCAUUGUUCGACCGUUAGUCGGGCGGGUGCAUGCGCGGUGGUUGUAUACGCUGCAGCGUCCCGAUCAAUGGACGGGGAUUCGCAGAUUCCUGAAUCUGUUCAGCAGUGUGCGGCCGGACGGCCAACCACAGUGCUGGGAUGGAGUGAACCUGCGGCAGCUGGAUGUUUGGAUGCUGAGCCGGUUGGCUCUUCAUAUCAUGGACGGAUACUUUGCAGACUGAAACCCAUGUCCGUGAUUCAGCAUAUCGCGUGUCACGACGCACAUAAUAAUGCUUAUGAUUUGUUUAUGCAUGUCGACAUCACCUUUCUUAUUACUUUUGCUUAA